CCAGACGGCGCGAUCGACCUCGAGACGUUCCAACAGAUCCUCGAUCUCGACGAGGACGACACCUUCGACUUUUCGCGCGGCAUGGUCUCCGCCUACUUCACCCAGGCCGCAGCCACAUUCACAAAGAUGGACGACGCGCUCGCCGCGCGCUCGCUCCCGGACCUCUCCUCGCUCGGCCACUUCCUCAAAGGCUCCUCCGCCGCGCUCGGCGUCGCCCGCGUGCAGGCCUCGUGCACGCGCAUCCAGCACCUCGGCACCAACGACGCCCGCGCCGACCCCGCAGACGCGCUCGCGGAGAUCGCCCGCGUCCUGGCGCGCGUGAAGCGCGAGUACGCAGCCGCGGAGCGGUGGCUCCGCGCGUGGUUCGAGCGGAACGUGCCCGGCGGGAUGGGGGAGGAGGACUAG